AGAUAAGCAGCGCAAACCCCUACCCUCUCUCGCCUCUCCUCUCCCUAUCCAUCCCCAAAAUAAUCCCCACCUCCCGCUGCUCCCCCGCCUCCGCCGCCCGCCAUGGCCUCCCUCGCCUCGGCCUCAACCUCACUCCUCUUCCCGCAGGCCACCUCAUCCAGGAGCCGCGUCCGGCUCUCCACCUCCCUGGGCUUCUCCGCGCAGCCGGCGCGGCUGCGGAGCCGGGCGGCGGCGGCGGGCGGGCAGCGGCGCGGGCGCCUGCUGGUGGUGCGCGCGGCGAGGGGCAAGUUCGAGCGCACCAAGCCGCACGUCAACAUCGGCACCAUCGGCCACGUCGACCACGGCAAGACCACCCUCACCGCCGCGCUCACCAUGGUGCUCGCCUCCGUCGGCGGCAGCGCGCCCAAGAAGUACGACGAGAUCGACGCCGCGCCCGAGGAGCGCGCCCGCGGCAUCACCAUCAACACCGCCACCGUCGAGUACGAGACCGAGACCCGCCACUACGCGCACGUCGACUGCCCAGGCCACGCCGACUACGUCAAGAACAUGAUCACCGGCGCCGCGCAGAUGGACGGCGCCAUCCUCGUCGUCUCCGGCGCCGACGGGCCCAUGCCGCAGACCAAGGAGCACAUCCUCCUCGCCAAGCAGGUCGGCGUCCCCAAGAUCGUCGUCUUCCUCAACAAGAAGGACAUGGUCGACGACGAGGAGCUGCUCGAGCUCGUCGAGCUCGAGGUCCGCGAGCUGCUCAGCAACUACGAGUACGACGGCGACGACGUGCCCAUCAUCGCUGGCUCCGCCCUCAAGGCGCUCGAGGCCCUCAUGGCCAACCCUGCCCUCAAGCGCGGCGACAAUGAGUGGGUGGACUACAUCUUCAACCUGGUUGAUGAAGUGGAUAACUAUAUUCCAGUCCCACAGCGGCAGACCGACCUCCCGUUCUUGCUCGCUGUUGAGGAUGUCUUCUCCAUCACCGGUCGUGGUACAGUUGCCACUGGCCGUAUCGAGCGUGGCACCGUCAAGGUUGGUGACACAGUCGAUAUCGUUGGAAUCCGGGACACCCGGACCUGCACCGUCACUGGUGUUGAGAUGUUCCAGAAGACCAUGGAUGAUGCCAUGGCUGGGGACAAUGUCGGGCUGCUACUCCGUGGUAUGCAGAAGGACGACAUUGAGAGAGGCAUGGUGCUGGCAAAGCCCGGCUCUAUCACACCGCACACCAAGUUUGAGGCUGUUGUGUAUGUGCUUAAGAAGGAAGAGGGUGGCCGGCACUCACCUUUCUUCCCUGGUUACCGCCCACAGUUCUACAUGCGGACAACCGAUGUGACGGGGAGUGUGACUACGAUUAUGAAUGACAAGGAUGAGGAGGCGAAGAUGUGCAUGCCUGGUGACCGUAUCAAGAUGAUUGUUCAGCUCAUCCAGCCUGUUGCUUGUGAGCAGGGUAUGAGGUUUGCUAUCCGUGAGGGUGGUAAGACCGUUGGUGCUGGUGUCAUCAACAAAAUCAUUGAGUAAACUGGAUAUGGCAUAUCCACCAUGAGAAUUUUCAUUGUUUACUCAGCGAAAUGCUCUGUAGUUGUUAUUAUGCGUUGAGUUUUAGGGGUUGCUCAUGUGAAAUUGUAGUAUGGCCUUUUUUUGUCAAGUGAAUUUGCAUGCUUUAUGACGUUCACGACAAAGAUACACUUUUCUGGUUGCAAUUGAUUUGGCUAAGAGGUGCCAUCUACUAUUACAUGUUCAA